AAUCUCCACGCUCUUCAACGUCGAAGUUCUUCCGCUCGCAGUUUUCCCGUUGGACGAAGUUUCUCGGGAAAAUUUCCGCAUGCGCUUCUGACUUUGUGCGGGAAUCGGAGCUCCUUCGUCGGCCGCAUAUCGACCGGUUCCGGCUUGACGCCGAGCACCGCGGGGAAGGUCCGAGGGAUGUCGGGAACGGUGCCGCCGAUCCUCUCGCUGGCAUUGCCGUCGGAGACCGGCCGAGUCCUCAGCAUCCAAUCGCACACCGUUCAGGGGUAUGUUGGCAACAAAUCAGCCGUCUUUCCUCUGCAACUGUUGGGUUACGAUGUUGAUCCCAUCAAUUCAGUACAGUUCUCGAACCACACAGGUUACCCGACUUUUAAGGGUCAAGUCUUGAAUGGACAACAAUUGUGGGAACUAAUUGAAGGCCUUCAAGCGAAUGAUCUACUCUAUUAUACACACUUACUGACAGGUUAUAUCGGUUCGGUUUCAUUCUUGAAUACUGUGUUGCAAGUAGUAAAAAAGCUGCGGUCUAUAAACCCAAAAUUGACAUAUGAAAUGACCAAGGCACUGGCUGUGUCUUGUAAAAACUGCCAUUCUUGUCUAGUUUGCGAUCCCGUGAUGGGUGAUGAAGGGAAGCUCUAUAUUCCUCAGGAGCUGGUAACAGUCUACCGGGAGAAGGUUGUUCCAGUGGCCUCAAUGUUGACUCCUAAUCAAUUUGAAGCAGAACUUUUGACUGGGUAUAGGAUAGUGUCUGAAAGUGAUGGUAGGGAAGUUUGUAAUAAGCUUCAUGAUGCUGGACCUUCAAAGGUUGUGAUUACAAGUAUAAAUGUAAAUGGGAACCUGCUCCUCAUAGGCAGUCAUCAAAAGGAGAAGGGUCAGGUUCCUGAGCAAUUCAAGAUCUUGAUUCCAAAAAUUCCUGCUUAUUUCACGGGAACAGGAGAUCUCAUGACUGCACUUCUUCUUGGAUGGAGCAAUAAACAUCCUGACAACCUUGAUAAGGCAGCAGAGCUUGCGGUGUCAAGCUUACAGGCAGUACUUCAGAGAACAGUGGACGGCUACAGAAGUGCCGAGUUCGAUCCGCAAUCGAGCAGCUUGGAGAUCCGAUUGAUUCAAAGUCAAGACGACAUACGGAACCCACGGGUCAAUUUCAAAGCGGAAAGAUUCGACUAAACACUUAUUCGCUGUCUUAUUCCAUUCAUCAUAGUAUCAGUUAUAAGACUGAUUUUUUAUGCCCUGGCUGUGCUUCGAACUUUUUAUUUGGUUUUGUGUCAACAAUAAGAGGCGGGAAAGGUUAGUGUUCUUCUU